GGCCGAAGACUACUGGGACGGGCGCCUGCGGCGAACUGGAGGAAAAGGAGGUCGCGCGGCCUUAUCCCGGGCCGCCGCCCCAGGCGCCACCGCGCCGGCCUCGCGGCUCUGAGGUUGCUCGCGCGCCCCCGCCGGUCGCCAUGGAUCGGAUGAAGAAGAUCAAACGGCAGCUGUCAAUGACACUCCGAGGGGGCCGUGGCAUAGACAAGACCAAUGGUGCCCCUGAACAGAUAGGCCUGGAUGAAAGUGGUGGUGGUGGUGGCAGUGACCUUGGAGAAGCCCCCACACGUACUGUCCCAGGGGAACCUCGAUCUGGGCGAGGUCCACUCAGCUCUGCACCAGAGAUUGUGCACGAGGACUUGAAGAUUGGGUCUGACGGGGAGAGUGACCAGGCUUCAGCCACAUCCUCAGAUGAGGUGCAGUCUCCAGUGAGACUGCGCAUGCGCAACCACCCCCCACGCAAGAUCUCCACUGAGGACAUUAACAAACGCCUAUCACUACCAGCUGACAUCCGGCUGCCUGAGGGCUACCUUGAAAAGCUGACCCUCAAUAGCCCCAUCUUUGACAAGCCCCUCAGCCGUCGCCUCCGCCGUGUCAGUCUGUCUGAGAUUGGCUUUGGGAAACUGGAGACCUAUAUCAAGCUGGAUAAGCUGGGUGAGGGUACCUAUGCCACCGUCUACAAAGGCAAAAGCAAGCUCACAGACAACCUUGUGGCACUUAAGGAAAUCAGACUGGAACAUGAAGAAGGGGCACCCUGCACUGCCAUCCGGGAAGUGUCCCUGCUCAAAGAUCUCAAACAUGCCAACAUCGUUACACUACAUGACAUCAUCCACACAGAGAAGUCUCUCACCCUUGUCUUUGAGUACCUGGACAAGGACCUGAAGCAGUACCUGGAUGACUGUGGGAAUGUCAUCAACAUGCACAAUGUGAAACUGUUCCUGUUCCAGUUGCUCCGUGGCCUGGCCUACUGCCACCGGCAGAAGGUGCUACAUCGAGACCUCAAGCCCCAGAACCUACUCAUCAACGAGAGGGGAGAACUCAAGCUGGCUGACUUUGGCCUGGCCCGGGCCAAGUCAAUCCCAACAAAGACAUACUCCAAUGAGGUAGUGACACUGUGGUACCGACCCCCUGACAUCCUACUUGGAUCCACAGACUACUCUACCCAGAUUGACAUGUGGGGUGUGGGCUGCAUCUUCUAUGAGAUGGCAACGGGCCGACCUCUCUUCCCUGGCUCCACAGUGGAGGAACAGCUGCAUUUCAUCUUCCGCAUUUUGGGAACCCCAACUGAGGAGACAUGGCCAGGCAUCCUUUCUAAUGAGGAAUUCAAAACAUAUAACUACCCCAAGUACCGAGCCGAGGCCCUUCUGAGCCAUGCACCCCGACUUGAUAGCGAUGGGGCUGACCUCCUCACCAAGCUGCUGCAGUUUGAGGGCCGCAAUCGGAUCUCCGCUGAGGAUGCUAUGAAACAUCCAUUCUUCCUUAGUCUGGGGGAGCGGAUCCACAAACUUCCUGACACUACUUCCAUAUUUGCACUAAAGGAGAUCCAGCUACAAAAGGAAGCCAACAUUCGGUCCUCCUCUAUGCCUGACUCUGGCAGGCCAGCUUUCCGUGUGGUGGACACCGAGUUCUAAGCCAAGUUCUAAGACACAGACCAAGACCCCAGCAGGCAGCAACUGGAGGGAUGCCAUACCCCUCACAGGGCAGCCCCCAUCUGCAUCCUUCCUGCUUGCUGCCUGCUUACUUGCUUGAGCCACACUUUUCUGCCCAAUUGUCCCUGCCAACUGCCCAAACACCCAACUGUUGGCCUGUCAAUCCACCCAUUGGCCUGUCUGCUGGGUGCUAACAAAGCUCUCACCACUA